ACUGACACAACAAACGGGCGCCAAAAGAGCGUAUGUGAAAUAGAAACGAAAACGUUGUCAAUAAAUUGUUUACUACAAUAAGCAGGCAAGCGUAAUAGUGAAAGUGUGACUUGCAAAAUGACGAUGAGCCUGGAUGAGACCAUCUGUGCGUAUUUUGUGAACAAUCUGAAAGCCAGCGACAGCAAUGAGACGGACACACUCGAGCAGUUCACAACGGCACUGGAGCUGCUGGGCAAGCAGCUGGCCGAGACGCAGAUACGCCAGAUCAAGCCCAGCGAGGGCUAUCCUCUGAUCGCAGCCGGUAAUCUCACCAAAAAGGAUGUCUUUGUGCUGGCCCAAUUCGAGGGCGAUUUCUUCCAACAACUGCAAAUGACCAAAGCCCUGAUACUGGGUCCGCCGUGCCUGGUGUCCUGCCUGCGGCAAAACGAACCCAUACCGCUGGGCAGCAGUGCCAUCUACACCACGGCCAUGCGCGAUCUAUUGGUCUCGGCGAGCGGCAUACCACCGCAAAAGAAGGAGGAGCUGAGCAAACUGAUUAACUGGAUGGGCGGCGUUUACUUUCAGAGUUUCGGUCACCGCACCACGCACCUUAUCUCGAACACCAUCAAGUCGCACAAGUACGAGCAGGCCACGCUGACCGAGGUGCCUGUGAUGCAUGUCGACUGGGUGCAGUAUGUCUGGGACCAGAGUCGCAAGCGGCAGCGUGAGAGCAUACGGGCCACAGACACAGAGUUCGACAAGUACCGCCUGCCCACGUUCUUUGGGGCGAACAUCACCUGCAGCGGCCUCGAUGUGGCGCGCAAGGAUCAGGUUAUGCAGCUGGUCAAUGAGAAUGGGGGCAUCUACCAUCGCGCCUUUCGCUCCCAGGUGGUGGACAUUGUCAUCACCGAGCAGUCCAAGACGGACACCGACAAGUACAAGGCGGCCAUACGCUACAAGAAGGAUAUCCUGCUGCCCGAAUGGAUAUUCGAUAGCCACAGUCGCGGCUAUGCUCUGCCCACCAAGAAGUACGAGGUGCGCGCCAAAAAGUCGGUCUCCACGCCCACCAAGAGCUCAGGCAGUGGCGGGCGAACCUCUGCGGCGGGCGACCAGACGCAGCUAUCGGAUUUGUCCAGGAUUAGCUUUGUCUCUAGCUCCCGUCGCAUGUGCAGCGACAUGACCACCGUCAACGAAACGCUCAGCAGCCCAUCCAAGGGGCUCCUGAAGCAAGCGACCACCAGUAGCGGCAGCGGCAGCGGCAGCGUCAGAAGUUACCAGCAAGUUCUGGCCGACAUUUGUCCGCGUCAGGCCAAAAAGGCUGGGCCCCUGCUCGAUGGCUGUUGCGUGUACCUCAGCGGCUUUCGGACGGAGGAGCGCGAGAAGCUCAAUCGCAUACUGAACACAUGCGGUGCCACACGCUACGAUGAGGCGAACGAGGGCAUAUCCCACAUUAUUGUCGGCCAACUGGACGACACCGAGUACCGGCAAUGGCAGCGCGACGGCCUCGUGGCCACGGUGCAUGUGGUGCGCCUGGAAUGGCUGCUUGAGAGCAUACGUAGUGGUCGUCUGGUCAACGAGUUGGCACAUCGUGCCUCGCUGCCGCAGACACGGGAGCCGGAUGUGGCCUCGCCCGCCAGCAAGCGAACGCUUCGCUCGAUGAAUCACAGCUUCAAGCAGCCCAAGCAGCUGCCCAUCAAGAAGAAGCUGUUCGGUGGGGAGUCGGAAACGGAAAUAGAACCAGAGCGACAGCAGGAGAAGCCCCAGGAUGUGGAUGUGGAUGUGGAGCUGCUCAAUCAGUAUUCGCAGGACCAAGAGCCAGCAGCACAGCUGCCGCCAGCCCAUGCGGAUGUAAGCAUGCUGCUCCAUCCGGCAGCAAGCUCCACACAAAUGGAGAUACGUCCAAAUCGGCCAUCAGCGGCUGCAGCUGUGGCCCUGGCCCUGCCCGAUCUCAGCGCCAGCACCUUGUCCAUUGACUUUGAUAAGCUGGACUACUUCACGGGCGUCUCCGUGUACGUGCACAAGGAGUCCUUCAACACGGAGUUCUACACACAAAUGCUGAGCGAAUGUGAGGCUGCCCACGGUCUGCUGGUGCCUGCGAGCUUCUCCGAUGAGGUGGACUAUGCCAUCGUUAGCUUUGAGGUGCCCUUCGCUGCGGACAGUCUGCCGAUACGAGCGCGUCAUGUGGUCACCGAGCUGUUCCUCGAGAGCUGCAUGAAGCAGAACAAGCUGCUGCCCGCCGAAUACUAUCACCUGCCCGUGCCGUUUGCUGCCAGUCGUGAGCCCCUGCAGGGCAUGACCAUUGUGGUGUCGCUCUAUUCGGGCCUGGAGCGUGACUUUAUCAAUUCGGUGGCCACACUCAUGGGCGCCUCGGUCAACAAGACGUUCAUCAAGAAGGAGAAGCCACUGCUGGUGUGUCCCACGGCCGAGGGCUCCAAGUACGAGGGAGCCAUCAAGUGGCACUAUCCGGUGGUCACGGCCGCCUGGCUGGUACAGUGCGCCCAGAAGGGUGAGAAGCUGCCAUUUGUCGGUCAUUUAGUGGGCAAGAGCGCAGCCGAUUUUCCCUCGAUCUCGCCACGAUUGAAGGAGAACAAUUUGCGCACACCACGCCGUCAGGAGCGGGAGUCGGAGCAGCAGCAGCAGCAGCUGCUGUCAACAGUGGAAGAGGCUGAAAAUCAGCCGGAGGUUGCACCCAUUCCUGUUAUCAACGCUCCAGCCGUGCAACCUGCAGUGCCUGCGCCAGAGCUAACACCGCUGCGGAAUCGUCGCGUCUCCGAGCUGGCGGGUGGUCUGCGUCGCAACAGCAGCAGCAGCUCCUCGUCGCCCUCAGAUUCGCCGCGCACCCCCACCAACCAGGCGUACAGUCAGGGCUACAAUUUUGAGUUCUUGGAAGAGUUUGUGGAGCGUCUGGACACGGACGAGGGCAAGGACUGUGUGCGCCAGAUCAUACGCGAGAUGCGAGAGAAUCAAACGCCCGAACUGGAGCGCAUACGCAGGCAGGCGUGCACGCCGGUGAGCCAUCAACAGCCACGACCAGCGCCGGGCAUACCCGAGUUUUGUCUGACGCCCGAAUACAAGCGGCGCAUGGCCGAUGCUUUUGAGCGACGCUGGCGCCUGCCCACACAAAACAUCCAGCCAGACACACCCAUAGCGGUGAUCAGGAAGCGGGUGAUGCGCAUAACCUGUGAGACGCUGGGCAUUGCCUACGACGACAUGGAGGAGGAUCAGCAGCAACAGCAGCAGCAGCCAGCGGGCAGCAACAAAAAUAAAAGGAUGCAAAAGCUAGACUUUGAGAGUAAGUCCCCGAAGACACCCAAAGCCACACCGAUGAUGCCGAAAGCCACAGCCAAGAUAGCCACACCACCGCGUGUGGCUGUGUCGCCGCUUAGUGGCUCCCCAUCGGCAUCAAAUUUCGUGCCAAAUACUCAGAGUCCUGUGGGUGUGGGUGUGGGUGCAGCGGCCGAGAGCACAAUUAAUUUUGAUAAAAUCAGCUUUGAGGAGACAACAACAGCGGCAGCAGCCGCCACAGCGGGACCAGACCCGCUCAAUCUACUCAACUCGCCGGACGUCAAGCAGAUCACCGACUAUCUAAAGCAAUGCGAGAGCCGCCGGAACAGCCUGAAGCGCACUCACGACAGUCAACUGGAGUGCGCCGAGAGCGAGGUUCAGUUUGUGCAACCAUUCGAGUCCGAGGGCUUUGCCUUGGGCACCGACGACAUGGUGGACUGGCGUGAUCCGGGCGAAUUCAAUGCGGCCAAGCGGCGCUCCUCGGGCUCGCCACGAAUGCAGCAUGCGGGCACACCCUGCUUCAGCAUCUCCUGCGGCGAUGAAGAGAAGCGAGCCGAGCUAAUGGACCGCAUCAAGCAGUUGGGCGGAAAACUGUGCGAGAAUCUCGUCAACUAUGACGAGGCCUGCACGCACCUGCUCUGCGAGCGUCCCAACCGCGGCGAGAAAAUGCUGGCCUGCAUAGCUGCCGGCAAGUGGAUCCUCAAUAUCCAGUAUAUCGAACAGUGCCACACUCGGGGCCACUUUCUCGACGAGGCCCAGUACGAGUGGGGCAAUCCGCGUGCCCUGAAUCUGCCCACUCUGGCCCCCGAAGAGUCUGUGAUUGCAGUGGCCGCACAUCGCUGGCGCACCGAACUGAGUGCCACUGGCGGUCGCAGCUACUCCGAUCAUCGUGUUAUACUCAGCCUUCAUGAGCGCAGUGGUGCGGCCAUACGGAAUGUUUUGCGUGCGGGCGGUGCUUGCAUUUUGGAGCCGCGCUCUCCCUUUUCCGAGGAUCCGCUGGCGGCCACAGCCACCGAUUGUUUUGUGGACAUCAAGAAGGCACCGCUGCCGGCCAAGGACUUGGCCCAUUUGCGGCAGUGUGGCGUGCGCAUCUUCACCCAAUUGGCCAUCAACUAUUAUCUGACGCACGGUCGGGAGGCCAAUCUAGAGAAAUAUGUGGUCAAUUAGAGCUGAUGAAAAUGAAAACUGAAAGCAGGCACUGAUCGUAAGACUUAGCUUUAGGUAUCUCUCGUUUUUUUUUUUAAAUUGUUCUUCACAUUUAAAUGACCCAAAAGAAAUGGAAUAGCUGUGUACAGCUGCGAAGCAUUUACCCACGAAUCAAUUGAUUUGAAUUCGAUUAAAAUGUAUUCGAAUGUAAAUGAAAACUCCUUUGAAGUUAUCCAUUUUGAGGC